AUGCUACUCCAAGCUAUUAUAUUAUGCACUCGACCGAUGCUCCUACAUAAAGUACGAGUGGCAGCACAGGGUCAACAACCGCCCCGACCACCAGAAUCCGUCCCGGAUAGCUUAGCACGACUCUGCGAUACUUGCAACGAGGCAGCAACCAGGAGUCUGGCCAUACUAUAUGCUCUUCGUCUCCAGCAGAUUAUUCCACGAUAUGGCUUCUUCGAUCUCGACGCCACCUUCUCAGCCGCUUUUGUUCUCGUCAUGGUGGGAUUCACAAACCCAUCACAGAAGAACCCGCCCGCGGCAUUAACCCAAGCAUUCGAUGUCUUGCGGUUUUUGUCUAGAUCUGGAAACCUCGCCGCGGAGCAAAGAUUUCAAGACAUUGCCCAAUCAUGCUCGCAUGUCUGGCCGGAUUAUACCUUCGAUAUCGAUGCGUCUGAUAGGCCAGUAGGUGAAACCGAAGGAUCGGCUUCAGAGAGAGCGGGAGAGGGAGAAGGAGGCAACGGUAUACCGUCUCAUCAACCAGGUCCACCGACACAUUAUAUGUCUGUAGGAGGACAGCCAUUCCACCAGGACGAAAGUCGAUUCUUUGAACCGUGGAAUUACUCUGCUCCGUCAGACGGGGCGUUUGAUAUGCAGGGUGAAUUGGAUAUAGACUUCGCGGAAGAGGCGGAGGGAAUUUAUUCCAGUUUCCACCAUCCGACGUUGCCGUUGACGGGGGUGGAUUAUAUGGAUUGGCUUGAGAUUGAGAAAUUGUUGAAUGCACCAGUGGGGUGA